AUGCGAACUGAGGCCCAAAGGGGAAAGACUUCCACACAGAUCUAAGCCAGCUGCCCUGUUUUAAACACUUCACUGCAAGAGGAGUGGAAGAGAGGGGGAACCCGCAUGCAUCCCCCCUACCAGUGUGCUCAGAGUACACUGGCAACGCAGCUGCCAGCUCUACAAACAGCAGACGAGCAGCUACAAAUGGUAAAUUUAAAGCUUUGCUGUUAGGUAAAAGGCCGGUCUUGGAGUCCUGCUUCAGAUUCUCAGGACCCAAAGGGCACUUGCUGCCCUGAGAGGGGGUCGUUCAAGCAAACUGACCCUUGGGGUUAAGUAGAAUCAGUUUGUGUGAAGCUCUGUGGAGGAGGGGAGGAGGGAACAGGCAGCAGUUAGUGGGAGGUGGGAGGCCACGGUGGGGCUCCUGCACUGCUCAAGAAGGAGACGAAGCAGUCGCCGGGAAGCGGGGGAAAGAGGAGGAGAAUGGCCACGGGAGAAAUCACAACACUUCCCUCCACACCUGAAGACGGCGGCAGCGGCGGCUUUCCUCCUGGAAACUUCAAGGAUCCCAAAAGGCUGUACUGUAAAAACGGGGGCUUCUUCUUGAGGAUAAAGUCUGACGGGGGAGUGGAUGGAAUCCGGGAGAAGAACGACCCCCACAUAAAACUUCAACUCCAGGCGACCUCCGUGGGUGAGGUGGUGAUCAAAGGAGUUUUUGCUAACCGCUAUCUGGCGAUGAACAGAGACGGACGACUGUUUGGAGCGAGACGAGCUACGGAUGAAUGCCAUUUCCUGGAGCGGCUCGAGAGCAACAACUACAACACCUAUCGCUCCAGGAAGUACCCGAACAUGUAUGUGGCUCUGAAGCGGACAGGCCAGUACAAGUCCGGAAACAAAACGGGACCGGGUCAGAAGGCCAUUCUCUUUCUUCCAAUGUCCGCCAAGUGCUAA